AUGCUGGACUUUUUCCUUGACAAUAAGGGCCUCGCGGAAGGCAAGUUCUCCGCGAUUCAUGGCCGGCAAGAAGCUUCCCGGAAGUGGGAAGUGCUAGCGAUGUUGCUAAAUAGCACAAAUGGUGCCGAAAAAUCUGCAGCUCAGUGGCAAGUGGUUUGGCGCGAUUUGAAAAGCCGGACUUCCGUCAAGGCAAGAGAGCGCAGGAAGCAAAUGGCGGCAACAGGAAAUGCUCCAAUGUUAACAGCUCCGCUUUCUGAUUUAGAUCAGAAAGUUUUGAGCUUACUUGGUACAGAAUAUGUGGAAGGGAGUAGCCAAUGUGUGGAAAGUAUUACGGAGGAAGAUGUUAUGGGCCCAGACCCAUCGCGAAGUGCUUUAUAUUUUAAACAAAAGGUAACGUGA